AUGAUGAUCUCCUUCAAAACCUUGUUGCCUUUCUUGCUUACAACUGCCUACGCAGCGUACGUGGAACAACUCGAAUACUUUCCAUCCGACGUCUUUUUGUUCCCGGACACUUGUACCACUACAACCUCGUCAACAUCAUCGACUACUAGAAUCACUACUGGUCUGUCUUCAACUGCCACUACCACCGGACCGUCGACAACUAUCCCAACUACCAAAUUGCCAACAUCAAGUUCUACUACUGGAUCAUCCUCUUCCGUUUCAACUACUCAACCCUCAACCUCAUCAACUUCAACCACUGAUGUCUCAUCUACGAUCUCCUCCACUGAGACGUCGUCAACCUUCACUUCGACCGGUUCAUCGUCAACUGCUACUCCAACAGAGUCGUCGAGCGCCUCAACUACAUUGACGUCAACUACAUCGGAAACAACUACUGGAACUACGGGAACAACAACUUUGGAUGCCUCAACCACCGGAACGUCGGCUAUCAAGACAUCAACAGUUGGAACAACAUCCACCGGUUAG